CACCGCGCCACCAUUUUAUUAAUUGAGACAUGGCGGUCCAGAAGCAACUCUUUUCGGAUCGGCCUUCAUAAAUUUAGAGAUUUGGCCUGCGGCGAACACAGCCCAAACCAUGUAAUCUCGUCCCCGCUUUAGUCGGCCGUCUCGGUGUUUAGUGUACCUCCUUUCCUUCCCUGCCGCGACUACGAGUGGAGACUGGUGAUCUCUUUCCUCCUCCUAAGUCCUAACACAAUCUGAUCUGGUGGCUGGAGUACCACUUCUUUAAUAAUUUAACUGCACCGUUCGCCGCAUAAAAUGGGGAGUUCGGUGGUCGGUGGCGUACUGCCUAGACAUCCCAUUCCUGUUCUGUAGCUUUGCGUUUUACUAUCUAUCAAUACCAGCAUUUGCCUAUGGCUAAGAAUCAGACAGUCAAGCGCUUCCUUACCAACAUAGAUUUUAGUAUCGGACUGUUAAGGAAGCGAGAGUACCAGAAAUUUGUAUAUAACGUUGUUAAUCGAUGCCAGUCACAAUGGUCCAAGUCUGAAAAGGUGGAAAGGGAUGAUGUUUUCAAAGAUUCUAAGGGCGGGCCAGAAUCACAGGUUCCUUUGAAAACUAAUAAUGUUAAUUACCCAGAUUAUGAACCUCGUUUUAGCAAAUACACCUCAGAUGAAGAUGAUUUCGUUACGAAUACUAAUAACAAGUGGAAGCUUGAACUUGCUUGGCUCACUAAAACUCUUGAACCUGCACUUCAGCUCUGUAGAUGGGCUUUGCCAACAGCCCCUGGAAACGGGGAUAGAGUCCCUCCUACGAAUAGGUCCUUUGCAGAGAUUAUUUCCAGCAUCCAAAGGAGUAAGAUUGGACUUCAGGAUUGGAGUCUCAGUGAUCUUACUAUAGGCUUGUAUCUCAUAUAUCUUCAGCAAGCUUCAACAAAUAAAGUUGAGGAUGUCAAGGGCGAGCAAAUCUCCUCAGAAUCAAUAGUUCAUGAUCUCAUAUACCACAUGGAACUAGCAAAAGGGGCCUACAAGGAUAACCCUAGCAUUCUAGCUAAGAUUAGCAUGCUCAGAGAAAGCAAUGUUGUAAAAUUUGUGAAGAACUCUGGUGUCUUGAGGCCUGGGUAUUACAUAGGUGUUGAUAUGAAAAGGAAAAAUGUAAUUCUUGGCAUACGAGGAACUCACAAUGUGUAUGACCUCAUUACCGACAUUAUUACUUCAAGCCAUGAAGAAAUUACAUUUGAGGGCUAUUCAACACACUUUGGGACAGCUGAGGCUGCUCGAUGGUUUCUUCGGCACGAGUUGGGAACCAUAAGGAAGUGUCUGCAGGAGCAUGAGGGAUUUAGGUUAAGGCUUAUUGGUCAUUCUCUAGGGGCUGCAACAGCUUCUUUGCUGGCGAUAAUGCUCCGCAAACAGUCAAUUAAGGAGCUUGGUUUUGACCCUCAAAUUGUUUCAGCCGUUGGGUUUGCUACUCCACCUUGUGUCUCAAAGGAACUGGCUGAAAGUUGCUCCAACUAUGUUACAACCGUUAUGAUGCAGGAUGAUAUCAUCCCAAGGUUAAGUGUCUCUUCUUUAGCAAGAUUGAGAAAUGAAAUUCUUCAAACUGAUUGGGUGACUGUUUUUGAGAAGGAAGACUGGAAAAGAAUAGUAGAACUUGUUACAAAUGCAAAGCAGGUUGUGUCUUCUGUGCAGGAUGUCGCUCGGAAGCUUGCUGAUUAUGCCAAGUUGAGAGGGCAGACUAAAUUUUCUGGACACUUUGGAUUAGAUAUUGAGGUAAUGACGUUUCUAGCAUGUAAGGACAACCUUGACUUUGAAAAUUAUGAUGGGUUACAGAAUGCGAUCCAAUUUACUAUCUGCAGAAAUCCCUGCCAGAAAGGAAGGGCUAAUGGGGGGCCCUAGCAUUUCUUCGACUUCAAUUUCAGCUGAUCCAGCUAAAACUCUUUCUGAGGAAGAAAUAUCGUGCUCAAUGCCCGAGGAAUUAUAUGCACCUGGCACCCUUUACUAUUUGAAGAGGAAUGUUGUCUGUCAAAGGAAUGGCAAAAGUGAGGAAUUUUUUACGCUGUGGAAGAGGAAUCCUGGUGAACAUUUGCGGAAGAUACUGCUCUCAAGCAAUUUAAUUUCAGACCAUAAAUGUGAUAGCCAUAUUUAUGCCUUGAGAGAUGUACUCAAAGGUUUGCCUGGCUCACAUGAUGACAGGCUUUUCCAAUGAAUAAAAAUUUUGGUUCGUCCGUAAAGCUGUACAGAAGUUAUUUUUGGUCCGAGGGAUCAAUUUUGAAUAUUUUCAGUUUCACUCACCUGUAAUGUCGAAUAGAUGCAGUUUCACUCUGUCGAAUAAAGUAAAAUGCUUUAUAGCGAAAA